AUGUUACUCAACAUCCCAAAUAAUUGUUUGGUGGGGAUACUUUUAACGGUUACCUCACACUCUGGCCCACAGUUUGUUUACCAUUUCCCCCCAUCUUCAAACAUUAUCAAACAGCAAAAGCAACAUCGCAGUAACAAUGAUGAUAAUCAUAACCUUAAUACCGCAGAUCUAUCAACUCUAAAUAGCCGAGUCACUGAAAACACCUUCAGCAUAAGUUCCAAUACUACAGCAACUGCCAUGCAAGCUAGUACUAACAGUACCGCAGAUAAGUCUGGUUUGGAUUAUCUUAACAACGAACAAAACGAUAAUAACAUUAUAUCUGAAAACAUAUAUGAUAACGAUAAUGAAAAUGAAGAUCCUAACAAUAAUUUCGAUGACCCCGUCAACUACGACGAUGAUGAAUCCGUUUUAACUGAUACAGAAUUAUCUACUGAUUAUGCCGACUAUUCUGACAGUAGCAGUGAUGACGAUGGUGAGACAGAUGACAACCAUUCUGUACUUACCGAAGAAGUUAAUAGCAGCAACGUUUCAGAGGUGCAGUUCUUUACUGGUACUACUCAAGAUGACAGUCAAAAUACAAAAAAUAGUGUUAAUAAUGCAAAGAAUAUCGAUGCGCAGAAAAUAUUCCAAUUAUUAGAGGAUAAUACAUCUUCAAGUGCCAGCAAGCAGAACUUUAAUGUGAAAAAUAGACAAACCCUUGAUAAUAACAGUAAUAGUGUCAAAGAAAAACUAAGUAAGAAAAAUAGUUUGAAACUAAAUGAAAGAUUUAAAGCUUCAUAUACAGAAUAUGUGGAGGACAAUGAGGACAGCAACUAUAAUCCAGAAGACACAAAAUUGUACUCCGAUUAUUUAACUUAUAUUGACGAUCUAUUCCCUUCUGAUCAAAAAGUUUUAAGUUCCAAAAUAUUAAACUAUGAACAGGAAUUUCUAGCAGAAUUCUGUUGUCCUCCCAAGGAAAUGUGUAAUUCAAGAUUUGAAUUUACUGUAGAUGAACUGUGUUUUUUAAGUUUGCCCUUUCACGUGGACGAUGAGGGGAACUGGAGAAAGGGUAAAAAUUCUAAAAAAAGAGGUAAAGGUAAAAGCGGUAAAAAUAAUAAGCACGUCGAUAAAUUAGAUACCACGGAAAGAUCAUCAUUGACUGGUUCUGCUGAUGAAAAAAAAAAAAAAAAAAAAAAAGUUGUUGAUAAAAAUGAAAUUACGGAUGAAAAUGAGAUUUAUAUGUUUAAUGUAUGUUUUGUGAUGAACCCAUCAUUAGUAGAGUAUAAUGAACGUGUUGACGAUAUCUAUCAUUAUAUAAUUACAAGGUUUUCUUUAAUUUUACGUUAUGCGCAAUCAAAAACAAACUAUGUCGGUGAGGAGGUUAAUAAAAUUUUGAAAAUUAGAGAAAAAUACCCUAUGAGUCAAAAUUUAUACAAAAAAAUUUUAAUGCAAUCGUCAUUAGCAAGGGCCAUUACUGAUUGUUAUAGAUAUUUAAAGGACAACAAAAUAGCAAAUUUGGUCAUAGACGAGGAUAAAUUCAUCUCCCUACAAAUCCCAAUCAAAAACGAAUUUAGUCAUCUUCCCAACGUCAAAUUAGACCCCGUCUUAAAAGGCUCAUAUCUAAGCAGCAUUUUGAAUAGAAGAUUUUUGACAAGAACGAGUUUAGGCAACCAUAAUAAUGAUAGUAAUGCUAAUAGUAAUAAUGGCGGUGGCGAUACCAUUCUGGAUGAUCCCUCUACUAAUAACAAAAGCAACGAAUUUAAUGACUCUGACGAGUAUUUGGAUUUUGAUGAAGUUUAUGAAAACGAUGAUUUACUAGAUUAUGCCUUGAUUUUAUUGAAAGACCCCGUUGAUAUCAUUGAAGAGAUUAAGGAGGCUUCUUUUGAGAACGAUGUCAGCACCAUAAUAAUGACAUCAUUAAUUAAAAACUUAAAACCUACAUUACCUUUGAAAUAUUAUAAGCAACUAAUUUCUGAUAUUUUGAACAACACCGAUAGUGGGAGCUCAACCAUGGCCCAAAAUAAAAGUGGGAAACACUUAAAGAACAAAGAUGUCAAUAGUGAUCUUGGGGGUGAUAGUGAUGAUAAAUUUGAAUUUUCCCCUGAAUUUUGUUUAAAUAUGCUAAGAUCAUUUGCCUUGCAUUUCAUGUAUUGGAGAUAUGCACGUGUAAUUUUACCAAUUUCUUCUCGAAAUUCGUAUAUCGUUUCACCGUUGGCUCCUAUAUCGGGGAAAACUUUGACAGAUUUUGAUGUUGAUUUUGAUUAUUAUUGUCAGAAUAAAAUCUCAGAAGAAAUAAUUAUCCCCCCAUUAAUUUAUCAAAAUAGUGAAAAAUUCAUGUCUAAAUUCCCCAGCUUACCUAGACUACCCAACUUUUUAGGUCUAUUAUCUUCAACAACACCUAGGCCAUAUGGUUCGUAUAUUCCAUCUAAAGAUCAUAAACCAUUGUACCUAAGUGCAUUAACUUGGCUUAUCAGAUAUGGUUAUGUAACUCAAUUAUUAACUUUUGUAUGGAUUAGAGUCGAUAAGAAAAUAAAACUUGCUGUAGAAGAAGAUUUAGAAAAAGAAGGUAUUUUGCGUUUUAGGGGAAAUGUUAAUAAUGCUUCUGCUAUUACCAAUAUUAAUAAUAAUAGUAAUAGUAAUAAUGAUGGUAAUGAUGCUAGUAAUGGCAAUGCUAAUAAUGAUGCUAAUAAUAAUAAUAAUAAUAAUAAUAAUAAUAAUAAUAACGGCAAUCAUACUAAUAAUAAUGGCAAUACUAAUAAUUAUUACUACUUAGAUAAUAAUUCCGAAGGUGGAGCUGGUACAAGAAAUACAACCAACAAUGCUUACAAAAGUUUGGAACAUAACGCUUCUGUUAUAUCUGCAUUAAAUAUGGAAGUGAAAGAAGAAUAUGAAGAAGAGGAAGAGGAAGAGGAAGAAGAAGAAGAAGAAGAAGAAGAAGAGGAUAAUGGAUAUACAAUAAUAUAUGAACCACGUAAAGCAACAGCUAUUGAAAAAAGAUGGUUAUAUAAAUGUGUUAAGGAUCAACCACCUGAUAUUCAAUUUAUUUUCCACAAAUUAUUAAAUUAUUUUAAUGGCAGAACUCCUAUGGAAUUGAUUUUAAAUAGAGAACACUUUACCAAACAAGAGUUGAAGAGGUUAUUUCAAAAUUUAGACAAAUAUAUUGUAGAAGUUAAACACUGGUAG